CCUCCCUACCCAACUCCCGAACCUCUUCCGCGCCCCGCCCCGGCGCCAGGAGGCAGCCGUAGAGUUGCACCGCCUCACGCGCAGCCCCGCCCCGGCCUCCACGUGACCUGGCCCGCGGAGCGCGCACACGGGGGCGCGCGUUGGAGGCGGGCGAGGGCCGACCGGCCGGCGCGGGGUCUCUGGGUUGGGAAGGGCGGGGCCACGCCACAGGCCCGCCCCUACAAUCAGCUGCCUGCGCGCGCCAAAGUCAAACCUCUACACCCGCCGGCGGGUCGGUGAGCUCACUAGAGGACCGGGCAGGUCAGGAUCUGUCUCUGCGGCGCCGCGAGCUCCAGCGCGUGCAUCUGUGGCUGCCUCCCUGGUCUCUCUGCCCGACGCGCUGCAGGCCGACACAAGACUAGGAAUGGCCUCCCCGCCGAAGAGACGCUGCCCAUCUCUCUCAGCCAGCGCGGAGGGGACCCGCAUCAAGAAAAUCUCCAUCGAAGGGAACAUCGCGGCAGGGAAGUCAACAUUUGUAAAUAUCCUGAAAAAAGUGUGUGAAGAUUGGGAAGUGGUUCCUGAACCUGUUGCUAGAUGGUGCAGUGUCCAUAGUACUCAAGAUGAAUUUGAGGAACUUACAACGUCUCAGAAAAAUGGUGGGAAUGUUCUUCAGAUGAUGUAUGAGAAACCAGAACGAUGGUCUUUUACCUUCCAAACAUAUGCCUGUCUCAGUCGAAUAAGAGCUCAGCUUGCCUCUCUCAAUGGCAAGCUCAAAGAUGCAGAGAAACCGGUAUUAUUUUUUGAACGAUCUGUGUAUAGUGACAGGUAUAUUUUUGCGUCUAAUUUGUAUGAAUCUGAAUGCAUGAAUGAAACAGAGUGGACAAUUUAUCAAGACUGGCAUGACUGGAUGAAUAACCAACUUGGCCAAAGCCUUGAAUUGGAUGGAAUCAUUUAUCUUCGAGCCACUCCAGAGAAAUGCUUACAUAGAAUGUAUAUAAGGGGAAGAAAUGAAGAGCAAGGCAUUCCUCUUGAAUAUUUAGAGAAGCUUCAUCAUAAACAUGAAAGCUGGCUCCUGCAUAGGACACUGAAAACCAACUUCAAUUAUCUUCAAGAGGUGCCUAUCUUAACACUGGAUGUUAAUGAAGACUUUAAAGACAAACAUGAAAGUCUGGUGGAAAAGGUCAAAGAAUUUUUGAGUACUUUGUGAUCUUGCUGAAGACUGCAGUCAGCCAAAUGGUUCCAGACACUUCAGCUUUGUGUAUCUUCCUAACUUCAUAUUAAUACAAGUUUGUUUAGAAAACCCAAGUUUUUAACCAUCUUUGUUCUAAGGAAAACAAAAAGAUUUUUAAAAUGAAUCUCAUGGAAAGCUUUUUGACCAGUUUCUUUUCUUUUCUUUAAAAAAAAAAAAGACAUUUAAAGACAAAUACAUUAUUUCUCAUAGCAGGAAGUGUAGGGGUAGAUGGUUCCAGAAUCAAGUGUAGGGGUAGAUGGUUCGAGUGGCUAAACUACAUUAUAAAAGAUCCAGCUUCCUUCUAUCUUGCUGCUCUUUUGUCUUCCUUGGCAGGUUAGCUUUUUUCCCUGUUGCAUCUCACCUCACUGCUAACCAGUUUCUUAACUGAAAGCUUUAAUGUUACACAGUAAUUGGUAGUGUGCCCUGUGUAAAUUAGUGUACCUAUUAAAAGUUGCAAAGUGGAAUUAAAGGAAUCCCUAGAAUAAGGAUUCUAAAGUUUUAUUUUAAAUGAUUAUUUCUUAGCAGUUUAGCCCACCUCUUAUUUCCUGCCUCAGUUUGCUUUCUCUACUGUCUGGAUUAAUUAGGUAGCCUGCUAUUUCAAAGUUAAAAUAAAAGUCACACAUUUCUACUUUGCAAACACUGUUACUGUUUGCUUUGUAGUUUGCUUUCCUUUGUAGGGUUCUGCUUUAAGUUUUUUUCUCUUUUUCAGAGAAAUUACUGAUAAAAAAUGAUCCUGAUUUAUAUAUAGUAUAUCCUGAAAGCAUUAUUGUUUUUUGUUGAACUAGGAAAUAAAAUUAAUGAAGACAGAGGUUAGUAGUUAAUUGAGACAUUUAACUACUUAUCUCUAAACCAUCUAUGCGAACAUUUGUAAAACCUUGCAUGGAUUCAUCUUAGUUCUGUAUAUAAAGAUAUUUUCUUUCCAGUUUGUUUAGUUAAGGUGAGCAGUAUUUUUCCUUUGUAUUAAACCUUUCCAUUUUACAUUUUAGAAAAUUUUAUGCAUUUUAAAAUGAGGGUAAGGUCACUUUCAUUUUGAAACUAUUAUUUUUGUUUCCAAAAUGUCAUUUUUGUUUUUGGUUUCUUAUUCAAAAUAAUAAUUUAGUGGAUUAACCAGUCCAGAUGCACUGAUAUUUGCAAAGGGGACUUAAUUUCAAAUCUGUAAUUACUGUACAUAUUUAAACUGUCUCAUGAUACAUAAACAUUUUUUUUUGUUUGGUAUAAAUGAAUGUGUCUACUUAAUUAAAUAUUUCUUAAUAAGUAUAAACCUCAUGUACUACAGUGGACCUGCUUUCAUGGAAAUUGUUACAUCUUUUCAGAAUUAAAAUUUAUUCUACUUUUAAAGAAAAAAUUAUGAAUAUUAAAGGUGAAAAUUGUCUGUACAAAUUACAUUGAUUCUAAGUGUAGACAUAUUUCAGUGAUUUUUAUUAACCUUUAAAAAUGUAUAAUGGCUUUAAAAGUUUGUAGAAUUGAAAAGACGCUAAUAAAAAUCUAUUAUUUAUUUAUCAUGACUCAAAA